UAGGUGUCUUCUUCUCAUUGUCCUUUCAUUUUCGCCCGUUCAUUUCUCUGUCGCCUUUUUCAGUCUUGAUUCUUCUUAUCGUCUUUUUCUCGCAUUCCUCCCUGUUUCUUUCUUGUGUGAAGUUUCGCUGCCAAGAAGUAACGCAAGUCUAUUGCAUCUGGCGAUUUCGCCAUAUCCAAAAUCAAUUCCUUGGAAGUUCGAAACCUCUGCAACUAUGAAUACCGAGGAGACCUCGAAUGACGGAAACCAAGAGCGCGGAGAAGAAAUCGUCGUGAAAUCAACAGGAGGUGAACUGCCCCUCAACGAUGGGGUCCUUGCCCAGAAGGUUCAAGAAAUCGUGGACUUGAAGGAGAAGAUUUCGUCUCUUGAGGACGAGCGCGACGAUUUGCAAAGCCUGGUUGGGGAACAGGCGUCGAAAAUGAUGUCCGCCAUUGAAUCGAGUGAAGAAUCCAAACGGAGGGCGGCCGAGACGAGUUCGAGAUUAGAAGAAGUGCUUCAGCAACUGGACGAAGCCAACUCCACUGUGAGCGCUCUCCAACAGGAGCAGAAUAUGUUGAAGUCAGUGGCUUCUCGGGCGGCCGAGCUUGAAAUCCAGGUCGUGCGCUUGCAGCACGACCUCAUUUCCACCAUGAACGAGAAGGAAGAGAUGGCCACCGAGAUGGAGGAUCUGAGGGUUUCGCUUGAGGAGGUCCGGAAAGCUGCAGAGUCAAAAGAGUUGGUGAUCAAAGACCUUGAAAAUGAGAGAGAUUCACUGAAGGAGAAGGUUAAAGAGCAGGAUCACAGAUUGGAAAUCCUCACUAGGGAAUUGGAGGAGAGUUUACUGCAAUCAAAAUCAAAAUUGGAAGAGGAGAAGCGCACAUUGGACAAUGCAAACAAGAAACUGAUGUCCAUCGAAAGCCAGUGUGAGUUGCAGGAUGAGAAGAUAAGAACACUCAAGACUCAUCUUAGAGAAGGUGAGGUGGAACGCAAAAAGGCUGCCGAUGCACUCAUGGAGAAGGAAGCAGAGGUCGGCCGAUUGGUGCGAGAAUUAGAUGCACUCAAGUCACAAUUAAAGGAGACUUUGGAGGAAAAGGGAGUUCUUGAGGAGCUAUCCAAAAACAGCGAUACAAAACUGAGGGAGGAGAAUGAAGCUAUGAAGAAGAAAUUGGAUGUCGAGAUGGGGAGCUUAGAUUUGAAGGAAAAGGAAAUCAAGGCUUUGGAGAAGACGGUUGGGGACCUCGGUUCGAAGUUGGAAGCGGCUGAAGCAGUGCACAAAGGCUUGAUUGAGAAAUUUGAAUCAAGUGAAAAAAGAAGCUCAAAGGGAGUACCUGCUCAAGAAGGUGUUGGGAAGUUGCCAUGGCCGCUGGCUGCUGCAGCAUCAACUGGGACGUUGGCAGCUGCUGCUUUCAUGGCUUACCUUAAGUAUUCCAAGCAAAGAGUUGCACACUGUCAACUGAAGGAAUUCCACCUGAUGUAGGAACUGUUGCCGAAUUUCUCAUUUGUUAGAAAAUCUUGUAAACAAGCCAAGAGACGUCGAAUGUUUUAGAAGCAAACGUGAUGUUUAUCUUGUAGUUGUAGAAACUUGUUUCUUUCUGCACAUGCAAGAAUUUUCCGUUCAACUGAAA